AAAAACGUAGAUUAACAUAACCAAUAAUAUUAACCUAUUUAUUUUGUUUAAAAAUGUUUAUUAAGUUUUUAUUUCGUUAUGGGAAAAAUAACAUAUAUUUUAACAGAUAUUUUUCCAAUCGAAAUAUAAUGAAAUUAAAAGAUCGUGGUAUGCUCGAAGAUAUUUUUCCAGACAAUGCAGCGAACGUUGUUACAGAUUUACUAAAUUCGCGUUAUCAAACAGUAUAUGCAGGAUUUGAUCCUACGGCAAACAGUUUACAUGUAGGGAAUUUAUUAGUUUUAGUGAAUCUAUUACACUGGCAAAGAGGAGGUCAUGAAACAAUUGCAUUGAUAGGAGGUGCAACUGGUAAGAUAGGUGAUCCCAGUGGUAGAAAUACAGAACGAGAACAGUUAUCAAAAUCGUUUAUAGAUGAUAAUAUUAACGGAAUUUUUAAAAAUAUUAGCACUGUAUUCACAAAUCAUGAAAAAUAUUUAUGGAAACAUAAAGAUCUCUUGAAACCUGUUAGGUUACUUAAUAAUAAUAGUUGGUAUCAAGUAAUGGAUCCAAUAGAUCUCAUUGGUGGAGCUGGGAGAUUUUUAAGAAUGGGUACAUUGUUAUCAAGAACAAGUGUACAAACAAGACUGCAGUCUCCCUCUGGGAUGAGUUUUACAGAGUUCAGUUACCAGUUGUUUCAAGCAUACGAUUGGUUACAUUUGUUUAAAACAUAUGGUUGUACAUUUCAGAUAGGAGGUAACGAUCAAAUGGGAAAUAUAAUGUCAGGGCAUGAAUUGAUAAGUAAAAUUUGUAAAAAAGCGGUAUAUGGUUUGACACUUCCUUUGAUGACUACUGAAAUUGGUGAUAAAUUUGGAAAAUCUGCAGGUAACGCCGUUUGGCUUUCAGACGACAAAACAUCUCCGUUUACUUUUUAUCAAUUCUGGAUGAGACAACCGGAUUCAGAAGUAGAAAAGCUUCUGAAAUUAUUCACUUUUGAUCCUUUAGGGAGUAUAACGGAUUUAAUGAGGCAACAUAGAGAAAAACCAGAUAAAAGGUUACCACAAAGAAGACUUGCUGAACAAGUCACUAUAUUGGUACACGGUGAACAAGGUUUAGAAAAGGCCAAAAAAGCGAGUGAAGCUUUAUAUGAAGGAAGUAUUGCAUCAUUGGGUGAAUUAAAUGCUGAAGAAGUAGGUCAUUUGUUCAAUGGAGCUACGGUUGUGGAAAUUUUACCGGAAGCUGGUUUAAGUGUAUUAGAUUUGUCUUUAAAAGCCGGAUGUUUUUUAACAAAACAAGACGCUCUAAGGAUAAUAACAGCGGGAGGCUUUUACAUCAACCAAGAAAGAAUAAAUAAUCCUAGUGAAGUUAUUAAUUUGGAUAUUCAUAGGCUCAAAAAUAAUUCAACUUUAGUUAGAGUAGGAAAAAAGAAUUAUUAUGUAGUUAAAUGGCUUAUUUAAAUAAAUAUUUUUUCUAAAA